UGACCCUGAUAUUGGUGGAGAGUGGAUAGUUGGUAUGAAUAGACUUAUUCUUCUUCCUCCUAAUUUCGCGCUCUCGGAGAAGGGACUGAGAACAGUGGAGAAUUUGAAUAAGACUAAAUCUACGGCAUAGACUUGUAUAAGCAAUGAAUAAUGAUUUGAAGAUCUCGAAUAUGUAGAAUCCCAGAUAAUUCUUCGUCAGACCAUUUUGAGUGACUUUCUGACUGAGGCGGGCCGCGGGCGACUCUAUUGGGUCUGUUGGAGUCAAUCGGCCCUAUCUGCCACUCCCCAUUCAGCCCUUCACGGGAGCGCGCCGACUGGCUGUGUCACGCAAGCCUACUACGGAGAGGCGAGCCACAGGCACGGAAUUCCGAGGAGGAAGUUACUGGGAUUGGAAAAACAACCUCAAAACUAACUGCACGAAGAAAGGUGUAGGGGCGCUCCUCUGUAGGAAUAAAAAAGUGUGGGUUACUAUGGACUAGUGGUGGUCGCAAUCGAUGGAGGCGGCGAGAAGUUUCCUGAUUCUCCGGUUACUGCUGGUCGGACUUUCGGGCGCAUUGGGCAGAGAAGUGUGCCUGGGCACAGACAUGAAGCUGGCCCUGCCCUCCAGUCUGGAGAACCACUAUGAGACCCUGCGGCUGCUCUACACUGACUGCCAGGUGGUGCACGGCAACCUAGAGAUCACACACCUUCGGGGCAAGCCGGACCUCUCCUUCCUACAGGGUAUCGUGGAGGUGCAGGGCUACGUCUUGAUUGCCCGUGUGUCUGUGAGUGUGGUGCCGCUGGACAACCUGCGCAUCAUCCGGGGAAGCCAGCUGUACAAUUCCAGCUAUGCUCUGGCUGUCCUGGAUAACACCCUCCCUCAAGAAGGGGUGGGCCUGAGGGUGCUCCGCCUCCGCAGUCUCACAGAGAUCCUGCUGGGUGGAGUGCAUAUUUGGGGAAACCACCAGCUCUGUUUCCCAGACCCCCAGCACAUGGAGUGGAGGGACACACUGGAUGAAAAGAACACGCAUGCCAAGCAGCUCCGCCUGCAGGCCCGGGCCCCCAACUGUCCGAAGUGCUCCCCUGCCUGUGUAAAGCGAAGCUGCUGGGGAGAGACAGAGAAAGACUGCCAGACCUUGACCCAUGUGCACUGUGCAUCGGGGUGUCUGCGCUGUAAGGGACCUGAUCCCAAUGACUGCUGCCACAUGCAGUGUGCUGCCGGCUGCACUGGGCCCAAAGACUCAGACUGCCUGUCGUGCCGUCACUUCAACGACAGUGGGACGUGUAAAGACAACUGUCCGCCCCCCACCAUCUACGACCCGGUCACCUUCGUGUCCAAACCCAACCCCAACAGGAAGUUCAGCUUCGGGGCCACCUGCGUCAAGACAUGUCCCUAUAACUACCUAGCCAUGGAGGUGGCCUGUACCAUGGUGUGUCCGAAAGCGAACCAGGAAGUGAUUAUCACCCAGCCUGACGGCAAGGAGACACAGACACAGAAGUGUGAGAAGUGUGAAGGGGAAUGUCCAAAAGUGUGCUAUGGGCUGGGCAUGGGUGAUCUCCAGAGCUCCUCCUGGGUGAGCUCCUCCAACGUGGCCCAGUUCACUGGCUGCAAUAAGAUCUAUGGCAGUCUGGCUUUCCUUCCACAGAGCUUCACAGGCGACCCAUUGGCUAACAUGACAGGUCUGACCCUUAGUGAGCUGGAUGCAUUUAAGAAUUUGGUGGAGAUCACAGGAUAUCUGUACAUUGAUGCGUGGCCAGCCAACUGGACUAACCUGAGUGUGUUUGAGAACCUGAAAGUGAUCCGAGGAAGGAUGCUCUAUAAAGGAGUGUUCUCUCUGGGGGUCCAGUCAAUACAGAUCCGUUCUCUGGGUCUGCGUUCACUCAGGAGCAUCAGUGGGGGUCUGGUCCUGCUCCACAACAACUCCCAGCUCUGCUACACCCAGGACCUGCCCUGGGGGACCCUGCUGCACCCCACCCAGGGGCCCCACCGAAUCGUCAAUGCCAACCAGGACCCCCAGGAGUGUGUGGUGGAGGGCCGUAUGUGUCACCUGCUGUGUGCUAAUGGCUGCUGGGGGCCAGGGCCCAGCCAGUGUGUGGCCUGUGUGAAAUUCCAGCGUGGGAAGGAAUGCGUGGAGGAGUGCGACAUCUAUCAGGGUUCCCCGAGGGAGUUUUUCGACAACUCCGAGAGAGUCUGUGGCGCUUGUCACUCAGAGUGUCGCCCCAUCAAUGGCUCUGCCUCCUGCCUAGGCCCGGGGGCCCACCAAUGUACAGAUUGCCUGCACUACCAGGAUGGGGAGGUGUGUGUGGAGAAAUGUCCCAGUGGGUUGAAGGAGGAGCAGCACACUGUGUGGAAAUACAGCAACGCCACGGGCCACUGCCUCUCCUGCAACACCAACUGCACACUCUCGUGCACUCAGAAGGAUGAAAGAGGCUGCCCCAUCCAUACUAAAACAGGGCCGGGCACUUCGAUCGCGGCUGCGGUGGGCGGGGCGGUGCUCUUCCUCAUCCUCUUGGGUCUGCUGGUGUUCUACCUACGCCGACAGAAACAGCUCAAGAGGAAGGAGACAUUGAGGAGGAUCCUCCAGGAGCAUGAGCUGGUGGAGCCUCUGACUCCCAGCGGAGCCCUGCCCAAUCAGGCCCAGAUGCGCAUCCUCAAGGAGACCGAGCUAAAGAAGCUAAGAGUUCUGGGCUCAGGAGCCUUCGGCACUGUUUACAAGGGGGCGUGGGCUCCUGAUGGGGAGAAUGUGAAGAUCCCGGUGGCCAUCAAGGUUUUGCGGGAGAACACUUCGCCCAAGGCCAACAAGGAGAUCCUGGAUGAGGCGUACGUAAUGGCCGGGGUGGCCAGUCCCUAUGUGUGUCGUCUGCUGGGUAUCUGCCUGACCUCCACAGUUCAGUUGGUCACCCAGCUCAUGCCAUACGGCUGCCUGCUGGACUACGUCCGAGAGAACAAGGACCACAUCGGCUCCCAGUACCUCCUCAAUUGGUGUGUGCAGAUAGCGAAGGGGAUGAGCUACCUGGAGGAUGUGCGUCUUGUGCACAGGGACCUGGCAGCACGUAACGUCCUGGUAAAGAACCCCAACCACGUCAAGAUCACUGACUUCGGCCUGGCUCGCCUGUUGGACAUAGACGAAACAGAGUACCAUGCUGACGGAGGCAAGGUGCCUAUUAAGUGGAUGGCGUUGGAGUCUAUCCUCCACAGGAAGUUCACCCACCAGAGUGAUGUGUGGAGCUACGGGGUGACUGUUUGGGAGCUGAUGACCUUUGGGGCCAAGCCCUAUGACCUGAUCCCGGCACGAGACAUCCCAGAGCUGCUGGAGGGGGGCGAGAGGCUCCCCCAGCCCCUUAUCUGCACCAUUGACGUCUACAUGAUCAUGGUCAAGUGCUGGAUGAUUGAACCAGACAGCAGGCCUAAAUUCAAGGAGCUGGUGACAGAGUUCAGCGCCAUGGCACGAGACCCACCUCGCUACGUAGUCAUCCAGAAUGAUGACAAGAUGAGUUUGUCCAGUCCGGUUGACAGUCAGUUCUUCAGGAUGCUACUGGAGGAGGAGGGAGCGGAAAUCAGAGACCUGCUGGAUGCUGAGGAGUACCUGGUGCCCCAGCCCAACUUCUUCAGACCCCAAGCGGAGACCUCGGGCCCCAACGGCCCCUCACGACACCACUCACACAGGAGUACGGACCAUGGAUUGGACAGCGAGCCCUCCAUGGCGGGCGGCCCAAGAAGCAUGUACUCCUCUGUUAGCACCCUGGGGCGCAGCCAGUACCCCACUCUACCCAUGGGGGCCAGUGCCAUCUCCAAUGGGCCCUGGAACCCCCAUUACCCCUCCCUCCUGGCCCGCACCACCUCACACCUCUCUACGGGGGGACACUCGGACUCUGUGUUCCUGGAUGGGGGUCCAGAUGACGCCCCAGCGAGCCCCGGGCGCUAUUGCAAAGACCCCACCUUCCCCAAUGGAGGAGAGAGCGACCUGGAGACGGAUGGACCGUCAUCGAUGCAUCAUUAUAAUCAUCUUAAUCAUCACUCGCUGCCCCGUAGGGGUAAUGCGUAUAAUCAUAAUCACGCGUUACCAGAGUACAUCAACCAGGAGGUGCAGGACCUCCGGCCAGGGGCCGUCGAGCGCCCCAGCACCCUGCCCCGCAAGGGAGCAGCCGAGAGGCAUCGGCACCUCCCCAAUGGCCUGAGCUCGGGACACAGCGUGGAGAACCCGGAGUACCUGGUCCCCAUGAUGACCUCCGGCUCCACCUCUCCUGCUUUCGACAAUCCCUACUACCUGGACCUAGUGGCUAAGGCUGUGGCCGGAGGGGGUGGUGGUGGGGAGAGGGAUGGGGGGCCUAACCCUCCUCCCAGGCAGGUGAAUGACUUUGUGACGCCCACGGCAGAGAACCCAGAGUACCUGGGCCUAGCAGACACCUGGAGCGGCCAGAGAGAGCACACCUGAUGAGACUGACAGGAAGUGAUGUGAGGAGGCAUGAACCUGGGUUACGGACAGGGGAUAGGGUAGCUACUGCUGUAGAAAAGGAGGAGCGUGGGAGGGAUGGAAGAUGGGAACGAGUGUGUGUGUGUGAGAUGCAGGGGUAUGUGAGGACUGUGUGUGUGUGUGUGUGUGUGUGUGCCUGUGUGCAUGCAUUUGAGAGAAAAUGCAUUAAGAGUGAAUGCACGUUGAGAAUCUGAGAUUAAGUUCGCAUGAGUGGGAACUAGUGUGUGAUUGUGUGAAUGGAGGUGUACUGUUUGGAGUAGCAGUCCACAGGGCUGCCAGACCAGAGGAUGUCCAGCUUGUAUCCCCUGAAAUCCUGGGGUGUUACACAACACCACCCAAUACAAUGUAGCAUUAUCAGAGGGACGUUGUUAUUAUUAGCAUGUGUGUGUGCUGAACUUGUUUCAACGCUCACCAAGGUUUCUUUCUUCCUUGUCUCCCUACGGUAGCACCUCAAUGUCAACAUUUUUAACACAGCCUCGGAAACAACACGGAGUACUUUGAAGGCCGAGGAAAUUCACUCACCGGAAAUAAACAGUUCUCAAAUCCUGACUAUAUGGUACUACUAGCAGGCAAAAGACGGACAGCACCACAAUAUCUAAAUAUUUUAAGUAAUCUCAUGAUAAAUGGGAGAAUGAUCCAAGUAACACUGGACUAGGGAUAUAAAAUUUGAAAUAUUUCAGUUUUUAGAUUUAUUUUAUUGAACGUUAUCGUUCAUGUUUGUGUGGUAUAUUGUCAUAUUUGUGCGUGAACCAUUAUGUGAGUGUCUGAUUCCCUUAUCCUUUCCUUCUUGUAAUCAUACAUAUAAGGCAUUGCUCGUCUUCCGGAUUUUAUGGGUGGAAAAUGUACAGCACACUAAUGUGUGGGGUUUCAGACAAAACUGGUUGUAAAUGUAUUUAACCUAUUUUAGCAAGGGGUCCCAUUGAGACCAAGGUCUCUUUUGCAAGGAAGCCCUGUAUAUGAUGUCUUUUCAACUAUUUUCCCACACCGGUAAGCCAUUUAUAUGCUUAUGAGGAAGAAGUUUAAUAUUCUGGUGAGCAGCUCGAAGACCUGAUGGGGCUCAGUACAAUCAAAGCCAUUUUGUUUGGCCAAGAGAAGGGCUUUGUUGACCAUCUUACCAACGUCUGUCCACCACUAAAGAAAUACAUUAUGCAUUUAGAAGACCGCCAUUGUGGCCAGGGAAGACGUGUUCAUUAAUGUGGCUUUAAAAUGGUAGAUUGGCAUAUAGAAGACCAAGGGGGUUUGUGUAAGCUUGGACUUUGUGCAAUGUUCUUGAUAAGUUCUUUACAACAUACCAGUGACAUUUCUGGGAAAGGUACUACUGUACGAAGAAUUCCAGGUUUUCAGCUGAAUAGUGGAAAACCACAUUGGCAAAAGUUUCACAUUUUCAUUUGAAAAGGUUAUUUGCGUUUUAAUUUCAGUUGCUUACAAUGCAGUAUGUGCAAUACACGCACUGCAUAACUCCCAAAGUUUCCAAAAUAGGGUCCAGUGUUAUUCUUCCACUGUUUCCCAAACUUUGUCAUCGUGGACGCCCAAGAAAAGUGAAGAUUGAGUUCUAAUACAAGGGUUGAAUAUUUUGAGAAUUUGUUUGUCCCUGAAGUUGGAAGAAACCAAUGUAUUUUUAUUCACAUGAGACAUGUUUAUAUUCUUGCGUGUGAUUCUGAAGAGGGAAAUGUGUCCCUCGUUGUUGUUGUUUUUGAUAAUCAAUGCAUAGUUCAGAUUCCUCUGGGCAACAAGCCCACACUUCUAGUUAAUAAUCGACCGCAUUUUUUUAAACGGCGAUUUCCAUGUUAAAGGCCCAGUGCAGUCAAAAAUGUGAUUUCUCUCUGUUUUAUACAUAUUUCCACACUGAGUUUGGAAUAAUACUGUGAAAUUGUGAAAAUGAUGAUAAUGCCCUUUUAGUAUAUGAGCUGUUUGAAAAGACAGCCUGUUGUGGUGGGAUGGAGUUUUUUGCAUGCCUACUACCAGGCAGUAAAUUAGUUAAUAGACCAACUUGAACGAGUUCCAAAACUCUACCAAUGACAGCUAGUUUUCAAUUUUCCCCUCUCCACUCACCCCUCCCAGACUGUCCUAGCAAAAUUCUUAUUUGAGAAAUUGCUCUUUGCUAAGAAUCUGUUUGUGUUUAUUUUUGACCAUUUUAAUUGAAAACAAUCACAGUAAGGUUCUAAAUGGUUACCCAGAAAUGAUUUAAUAUUGUGAUAAAAAUGGCUGCAUUGGACCUUUAACUUAUCUGGCUGUGAGGGGGAUACUGACAAGUCAAUGGAGCCAUUGUUUCUCUAUGGAUGUGUGGGAAGAUCAAUAACUCCCCUACCAACUGUCCCCUCCACCACCAGUGAACAUGCUUCUGCUUUGAAAAGAGGGAGAAAUCCUGGGUUUUCUGGUGUGAACGCCUUGGAGUUGGCAUGGAGGAGGGGCUGGGAACUAUCCCACAUUUUUGAAUGGGGGGCGGAGGGGUUGUAUGGAUUCAGAGACUUUUAAACACGUGACCUGAAAGGAAUGAAUAACUGCAACGCUUUUGACAGGACAUCACCAUUUUGCCCCUAUUCAGCCAAAUGUUUGUUCCCAAGAUCUAUAUUGGUUCAUCAUGGAUUGAGGUGCUUGCACAUUUGUUUUUAUGAGAAAACACUCUUGGAAUCCAAUGUACUUUACAAGUGCCAAUGAAUCUUUGAUGGUUACUUUCCUGAUAGUGACCAAAACAAUGAGUUGUGUGUGUCAGUGUCGGGUGGGGAUGGUUAAAGUAUUCAUCGAUUAUUAAAAAAAAAAAAAUUUUUUUAUGACUUAAAAAAAAAAAAAUCUUCCCCGAGGUAUUGGCACCAGCACUAGCCACAUUUGUUUGGAAUCUUGUUGUCCUCGUAUGGGUAAGCUUACAAUUUUAGCCGCUUAUAAAUGUGUUGCUUUUGUUUCUGAAGCAUUUGGGAUGUCUUAACAAAUUUGAUAGAUAUUGAUUAUACAACUCCGAUGUUACGGCCAAUAGCUUUUCAUACAACCAGCAGUUUUGUACUCGUAGAAUUUAGACAAGCUUUGUCAGCCGUUUCUGAUGGGCCAUUGACAUCGUUUAUUUUUAUUUUUACAUACAGUAUAUUGACAGUCAUUCCCUUCCACGUGCUGUAAAAGUUUCAUGACUCUAGGACCAAUCAAAGUCAUUCAAAAUACCUUGAGGUUCCAAAACUAUAAUAAACAUUUUUUUUGUUUGUUCAA